AUCGUCAGGGGCGGUUCAACCCCCCGAAUCGUAGAUGUUUUGCUUUUAUAUUUCUUUGAUAAGCGCUAUGUAAGGGAGAGGCUGUGCCAAAACUUUUCAUCCCUUAUUUACGUCUCCAUUUCGCGGUAGUGUCGUCGAGGUAAUGGUGCGAGAUGCUUUUCAUUUUAUUUAAAAUCUGUGGAAGAUGCUUUUCAAAAUAUGUCCCGUGAGCACCUGCGAUAUCGAUCCAAUGAAUACCUGCUGAAGGAAUCUUUCAAACUUUGAUGUUAACGGUGACGAUGCUGCAGCUGAUAGAAGGGGCGGUUUCGUACCGCGAUGACCCAGAACGUAAACCAAGCGCCACUUGAACGAGCGUGGGAGAAAGGACAAAUGAGUAGGGCGCGGGAUGGGCACGUCCUGGCUCGCGGCCCUACUUCCAGCGAUAAUGAUGGCCUGCGCUUCGAGGACAAAAGCUAGUCCUACCUCGAUGCCAUCUUCAGUCUCGACCAGCGUGGCAGAACUGAAACGGGUGGAACUGGAAGAAGCUUUGGACGUGAUAGAAGCUGCAUCGACCGGUACUUUGGAAGAAGAUUGCACGACCACGUCAGGUUAUAAGUCCCUACCGACGACAGCGGCUCUAGACCCACGCCGCUAUGAUACUUCUCGUCAAAAGGCGGAUAUGGCCGCCAUGAUGCUUCAAAAUCUUGGGGUUACGCGACACAAUACUCUUUUAGACGCCGUUGCUCGGUCGUUACUUGGUUCGGUAAGUGACGCCGUUCAGACUCGUGUUAUCGCCCUGAACGCAUCAACCGGGAUUGUUGUCAGCGCCACGUGGUUGAAGAGGAGUCCUGGAAGCGUAGGAGAACCUUCUAAGGUUGAGAAUCACGAACUACAGUCAGGAUCACGACCUGAUCCUAAUUUACCUUGGUUCGAGGAUGCCGGAGACAGUACGGGAUUAAGGUCGCCGAAAUUCAUGCAGUCACCGCCGAUUGAAUCCUACAGGGGUUGGUGGACCCUCCCGUAUUUCUCCUGCAAGAGUCAAAGAUGGCUGAUCUCCUACAGCAUCAACGUGAGGCCACCGGACAUGCGUCAUGGGAUACGAGAAUUUUUGAGCAUGGACGUGGACAUCAGUGGAUUGGAAGUGAACCAAUGCGAUUCAGGACUAUCUAGUGAAAGCUCAUCUGUAGAUAAUCAGAUUGCAUCUUUCAAGGGGACUCAUAAGUGUCACAAUGAUACGAUGCAGUGCGAAUAUCAACCGAGGAGCAGUAGGACGAAUGAAAAUGGAGUCGGUGCUGGGUGGGCUAAGGGUGCCUACGUAUGUAAAUGUCGACAAGGUUUCUACACAGUCACCCAUCAGUCAACUGGAUUCGACGGGACCUUAGUGGAGGCCGCAUGGAAAGAAAUGCAAGUAAAUAAAAGUGAUCUUUAUCAACGUGUUUUCCGUUGUCUACGAUGCGCACCAGGAUGCGCACGGUGCAAAGGCCCAGAACCAUGCUUGGCGACUUACAAUUGGCCGUUCAGGAUUGCCUUACUAGCCUUUUCCGUAUUCUGCGCCUUCAGUACUGUUGUCCUGGUAGCCUAUAUGUAUCAGCAUCGGAAGUUGAAGGUUUUCAAGGUAGCAUCACCUAUAUUCCUGUCAAUCACGUUACUAGGCUGUGCUAUAAUGUAUCUUGAAAUGGCUGCGAUAUUUCCGGUUCUCGACAUGUAUUCCUGCAUCGCUACAAAAUGGACCAGGCAUCUGGGAUUCUGUAUCUCUUACACGGCACUGCUAAUGAAAACUUGGCGGGUGUCGCUAACUUAUCGCGUUAAAAGUGCUCACAAGGUCAAACUCACUGAUAAGCAAUUGUUGCAAUGGAUGUUUCCCAUUCUGCUGGUGAUGCUUAUCUACUUAGGGACGUGGACGCUGAGUUCACCGCCAUUUGCAGAAGUCAUUGCUGAUAGUCAUGAUUUGAAGUUUUAUCAAUGCUCAUAUAAUUGGUGGGAUCAUAGCCUUGCUAUAGGUGAAAUUCUCUUUCUUGCCUGGGGUAUAAAGGUCUGCUAUAACGUGCGAAAUGCUGAAAGUCUUUUCAACGAGGCACGUCUUAUCAGCUACGCAAUUUAUAACAUCGCUUUGGUCAACACGACAAUGAUAGCAAUUCAUCUCUUCAUAUUUCCCAACGCCGGUCCGGAUAUUAAGUAUUUGCUGGGUUUCCUUCGUACACAGCUCUCCACUUCCGUUACAGUGUUUCUUGUCUUUGGACCCAAGGUCAUCCGUGUACUGAAAGGUCAAGGUGAUCAGUGGGACAGUCGUGCGAGAGCUCGAGGAAUCACGGCAAGUUUUUCAUUAAACGGUAUAGGUUUGGUACCAGAAGAGACUACCGACUUCUAUCAGGAAAAUGAAGAGUUAAAGGAGGAAAUUCAAAAGCUUGCCGCCCAAAUAGAGUUCAUGAAAAUCGUUCACAUGGAAAUGCACAAUAGACAUAUAAAACCAAAAAUGGGUGGUUACUUCAGUACUCAUGGUCAUGGAUAUAGUCAUCCGUCAGCAGCCCAAAGUCCAAUAGCCAAGGGUUCGACAGCGAGUUUCAUUUUGAAAAGCGCGGUGGAACGUGGCGCCACUGCCGCGGCGGCGGCGGCCGUCGAAGACUCGACGUUUCCAUCUGGAAGUUUGCAUCGCGCACGAAGAAUGGAAUUUCGGGAACGAAAAGCAGAAAGGGAAAAGGAACGUGAGCGCGAACGCGAACGUGAGAAUCAAAGUCAAAAUCAAAAUCAGGAGCGUACUCAAGCAACCGGGGAAAGAGUUUGACUAGUAGUCAAUAGUGAGGAGAUAUGGUUGUGACGAAGACAGGGUCGACAGUGUGAGGUCAAGAAUGAUAUAAUAAAAAAGUCUCGAAGUCGCUGCCCGAGUAAUAACCUAUUGAAGAAAUGGAAAAAACGUAAAAAUGAAAAAGCUACAAGAAAAUUUCCAUUGACGGACACGAGACUGCCGGUUUAUGUGUAAAAAUGGUUUCUAUCGAAAUGUGCGCGCCACGUGUGCUCUCAUUAUUCCAUAUUAAGGGGUAGCCAUACUGUGUCUGUGUUUCAAUGGCGCGCGCAUAUAUGGUAUUGCGCAUGCGUGUUAGGUUACCUCUGUCUUCGUAGCAGUUAUACAAUUAGAUACGAAUAAGAAGGAGCAUUCGAAGUAUGCUUGAUUACAGCUUAUUAGAUAAGCGUCCGGCUGAAUCGGGUCUCUGUAUAAAAUUUGCUAAAGACCUAUGAUUUUAUCAGGGAUACAAUGACGUCGCGACGCUCGAUUCUGUUGCUGGCUGUACAACCGUAACUUUUCACUAUUGAUACUAUAUCUUACGUUGGACGUUUGUUUCCUGAAUGGUUUUUGCUUUUUUUUGGGAGUGAGAGGUAUAGCUAUUGAAAAAAAGGAAAAAGUUAAAAACAUAAAAGAUGAAUGUUAGAAAAGAACAGAAAAUCGGUAACAAAAAAAUAUGAAAAAUAAAUUUUAAUACGUUCCGUGCCACGUGUGUACCACCGAAGGUACACGCUAAACUUACCAUUCAGGCCGCAUGUACCACUGUUGGUACUCGCUGACGUAUUUAUUUAAUGCACUAAAAACUUUGUUAUUUGAUUCACUUUGUUAAAGCAAGGAAUGCAUAAGAAGGGCUUGUUCGGACAAUCGCUGUAAAACGUCACGACUGUUAUAGUUGUUUUGUCUUUCUAAUUUUUUCUACUACUUUUCCUCGUUUUUACUCAACAAAUUUGAACACGGCAGGUACUUUUUACUAUCCGAGAAGUCAAAACUGAUUGCAGCGCCACGUGUACCACGGAUGGUACACGAUGUGAAAACUGCUCUAUGCAAGCCAAUUAUUUACUGAUUGAUGAUUUAAAACAUCAAAUGGCCUGAGUGAUAGGUCGAACAAAAAACGACUCGGCACGGACCGUGUUAAUGAGGAUGCUGCAAAUUCUCUAAAUUAUCUACAGAAACUACCCAUCAGUGUUGACAAUAUGCGUAAUCUAUAUGUUCAAUAAGGACGUGGGUCGUUGGAUUUUUUAUUGGUACAUAAUAUAAUACAUACACGUAAAACUUUUCGAAUUUGGAAAUCGCCACCGUCCUUAAUUAUUAAAUUUUAAAAAGAAUGGUUAAAAAUUAUUAAUAAUAUCUAUAGAUAGGGUUCGUGGCGGGUUCCAUGUUCAACAUUUACCUUAAGACGUUGAGAUUCGUUUGCUGGUUGAAAUACGUAGUGGCAGUGACACGUGUCAUUGCAGUGUUGUGAUAUUUUUCAUUCUGUCACAUGUCAAAAUCUCUGCGGGAGAUGCACGUGCCGUGGCACGUGUUACCGGACGAUAAUAAAUACUGAGAAUAUCGGAAAAAAAGAGUGGUAUUUAGGGAUAAAGAAACAGUUUCUGUAAGAAAAUCACGAAAACCAUACAAAUCGUUGUAACUUACUAUAUGGGCGUUAAAAUGAUGGUAUAUAGAUAUACUAUUACAGGGUCAUUCGGUACAAGCGUAUCGACUGAAGUUGGCUUUAUCAUAGGAAUCAAAUGGACAGGCUAACUUCAGUUAAUACAAAGUUAAUAUGCAAUGUUUCUGAAUAACCCUGUAUAUAUAUAUAUAUAUAAUAGAAAUAAAUAUUAUAUAUUAAGAAGAGAAAAAGAAAAAAGAAAGAGAGUGUGAAAUAUGUUACGUUAAUAGCGACGCCUUUACGUGAAGAAAAGUUUAAAAAAAAUGGGUGUCGUUAUACACAAUUAUUAUGCUAUACGACUAUACGAAUAUCUAUAGUCGCGUUAUGCUAAGUCUCGCUGUUUAUGUCUAAAAUAUGUAUUGUAUCAUUGUUAUUGGGAUAUGUGGUUUCGAUUGAUGUAAGUAGAACGAUGGGUAAGCGAGAUAAGAUUAUAAUUAGUCCAUCAAUGUCCGGGACAUCCUGUGAUCCGUAAUUCUGGAUCAUUAUGGAUUCAUCAGUACUCCCGUAUCAGGUGAUUAUGAAUAAUGAGAAAUCGUUGAUUAUAAAAUAAGUGCGAAUCAAUGAUAACUAGAGAAAGCGUAAAGUCGAAAAAAAAAAAACUGAACAAAUUUCAGCUUCGAAAUCUAUAUCGAUUUGAAAUUGAUAAGAAAUUAUCAAUUUUAACAGUGCGAGGUGGAAAGAAAAACGAGUUUCAAAAUGAUCGUCGCUGGAAAUGAAAAUCGUAUGUGGCGAUUAUUUGACUGUUAUUCCUUAGUCAAUUAAGCAAAUCAAUACUAACAAUACUAGACGUAUAUUAAUGUAAUAUUAAUCGUUGUGCUAAUUAAAUAGAGUCUAGGCAUUAGCGAAAUGGAGUCAUAUGUAACGUAAAGCUUGUGCCUCAUCCUCUGAAGGAGGAUGACGUACAAGAAUUAAAAAAAAAUAAUUAAUGAUCGCGAGGAGCAACGGGCAGUUUUUUUUUGAAAAUGAGCCCCAAACUUUUCUUUCUCUUUUUAGUAUUUUUCUCCUGAAACUCAUUUUCGUCAACCGUCUCGUUGACCAGAAUGAUUUUCAAAGCUGUCCGAUGGUUCCUCGAUUUAUUGGUGUUCACGUAUAUGAGGUAAUUAAUUAUAAUUAUAAUAUAUUCAUAUAGUAAUUAGUACGCGUACCAACAUACUAACAGUAUCGCAGUCGCGCAUAGUUGGUGACGUAUUAACGUCUUUGUCGGAUUAUAAUAAUUGCAUAGUAAUUAUUAUGAUAUAGAUGCAAAUUAAUAAUAAUGAUUCCUGCAUAUAGUGGAGUCAAUGGCUAAUUAAUAACUAUGCCAGAAUCGAGAGGGGAUACGCAAUCAAAAAUUGUCACGACGACGUUCAAUCCUAGCGCCGAAAUUACGAGACACGUUCAAAUUUCCACUCGCAAUGAAGUUACGUCAUAAUGAAAAUAAUUUUUUGUAUCCUUUUCGAAUUUUUUGAAAAUUAUAUAAGGGUGUUCCGUAACGCUGAAUGCACCAUGCCGAUAGUACGCGUAGCACGUAGGUGUUAAGAAAUUUGUGAUAUUUUUUUCGAAUUUCUUUUUUUUCGAAAAUCAAACUUUUCGCCCAAAAAUUAAAUAAUAUAUAUACAUAUAUACGAUGGAAGAAUAUUUGUAACGAUAUACUUGUAUGUCAAUAUACGUGCCAUUACACAGAGUGCAAAAUUG